AAAAGAUUUAAAAUAAUACGCAAAUAUUUAUUAAUGUUCCACAAUAAGGUGCUUAAGUAGAGUUUUAGAUUCAGCAAUAUAGCUUAGAAUUACAUAAAUGGAGUAUGGAAAACAUCAAAUGGAGGAAUAGCUUUAGAAAGAAGAUCUCCUUUAACAGAUGAGGUAGUAGGAAUAACAAAAUAAACAACAUAAAGUGAAUUUAAUGAGGCAGUAGAUGCAGCAAAAUCAGCAUUUAAGACAUGGUCCUAAGUACCAUUACCAACAAGAUAGAGGUAAUUGAUUAAAAAUGAUAAUUAGAUAUAUGUUUGAAUAUUAAGCAAGAAUCAGAUCUAAGAUUGAUGAUAUUGCUAAUAUAAUAGUAGAAGAGCAUGGAAAAACAUUAGCAGAUGCAAAAGGAGAUGUUAUAAGAGGAUUGGAAGUAGUAGAAGCUGCAUGUGGAAUUACACAUGUAAUGUAAGGUGAAACAGUAGAAAAUGUGGCUAAGAGUGUUGAUACUUAUAGUUAUAGAGUACCUUUAGGUGUUUGCGCAGGAGUAUGUCCAUUUAAUUUCCCUGCUAUGAUUCCAGUAUAUUUAUAGAUUAUUUUUAUAGUUAUGGAUGUUCCCUAUUGCUAUUGUUACAGGAAAUACUUAUAUUCUAAAACCAAGUGAAAGAGUACCAGGAGCAGUCACAUAUUUGACUAAAUUAUUAGAAGAAUCUGGAGUUCCUAAAGGAGUUGUUAAUAUUGUAUAAGGUGGUUUUGAAACAACAAAACAUAUAUGUGAACACCCAGAUAUUAAAGCUGUAUCAUUUGUUGGAGGAAAUAAAGCUGGUGAUUAUAUCUAUGAAAAUGCAUCAAAAACAUUCAAAAGAUGUUAAAUUAAUAUGGGUGCUAAGAAUCAUGGUGUUAUUAUGCCAGAUGCUGAUAAAGAAGAUUGUUUAAAUGCAUUAGCUUCUGCAGCUUUUGGAUCAACUGGUUAAAGAUGUAUGGCUUUAAGUGUAGCAAUUUUUGUUGGAAAAAGCAGAGAAUGGAUUCCUGAUCUUAUUGCUAAAGCUAAAUCUUUUAAAGUUGGACCUGGUCAUGAAAAUAUUGACAUUGCUCCAGUUUCAUAUAAAGAAUUAUAUGAAAGAAUUCAUUAUUUAGUUGGCACAGCUGAAAAAGAAGGAGCUAAAUUAAUUUUAGAUGGAACAUCUUUUAAACAUCCUAAAUAUCCAAAAGGUUAUUUUGUUGGUCCUACCAUUAUUGAUAAUGUAAGAUACUAUUAUAUUAUUUAGAUGAAUACAAAUAUGACAUCAUAUAAAGAAGAAAUCUUUGGUCCAGUUCUUAAUAUUUUAUAUGCAGAUACUCUUGAUUAAGCUAUAGAAAUUAUUAAUUAGUAAUUAAAUAAUAAUAUAUAAUUAUUAGAAAUCCUUGGGGUAAUGGAACAGCUAUCUUCACUUAAAAUGGAUCUAUUGCUAGAAAAUUCUAAAAUGAAGUUUAAGCUGGAUAAAUUGGUAUCAAUUUACCAAUUCCAGUUCCUUUGCCUAUGUUUUCAUUUACUGGAAAUAAGAGAUCCUUUAAUGGUGAUGCUAAUUUCUAUGGUAAAGCUGGUAUCAGAUUUUUCACUUAAAUGAAAACUAUAACAUCUAGAUGGAAAGAACCUUCUGAUAGUUAUACCUUAAGUACAGCUAUGCCUACAAUGAAAUGAUAUAUUAAAGAGUCAUAAAUCAUAU